AUGGCGACAGAGGAAGAAGCUAACCAAGAGUCACCAGGUUCUGCGUCAGAUUGUCUGGAAGAUCUGACUAAUGAACUCCAGGGAAGAUCGCGCUAUCCGAUUGCUUCUGGAGGCUUUGGAGACAUCUGGAAGUGCGAUUUAGUGAAGCCCAGUGGGACCGUCCAGGUAUGCUCAGCUUGCAGCGCUUCCCAUAGGAUUAUCUUGAGCGUCACGCAGGUAGCAGUGAAGACUAUUCGUUCUUUCGAGUCGGAUAACAAAGAACUGACGCGAAAGAAUGGGAGGAGAGUGCGUCGUGAGCUGAAAGUUUGGGCCCGUCUCAAACACCGUAGCAUUCUUCCCCUAUGUGGAGUGGCAAACGACUUUGGGCCCCACCCAGCAAUGAUUUGUCCGUGGGCUGAUAAUGGAGCUCUCACAGGCUUUCUUGAGCGUCAAAAAGACGUGUUGUCGCCUCAAGAUAAGUUUUCCCUUCUGGAUGACAUUGCCCUUGGAUUAGAAUACCUCCACAGUGAAUCAGUUGUCCAUGGUGACCUGACAGGGUCGAAUGUCUUGAUUUAUGGCAACGGUCGGGCAUGCCUCGCUGAUUUUGGUCUCUCCACUAUCAUCCUGGAAUUCGUCGGUACCUCCUAUUUUACGAGCUCCAUCCGAGGGAAUGUCCGAUGGGUGGCUGCAGAGUUAUGCGAAGCAUCAGAAGACGAUGAAGUCUCACUCAGCACCGAGUGCGACAUAUACUCAUUUGGCAGUAUCACCUUGCAGGUGUUGACUUGCAAGGUACCGUACUACAACGUGAAAAAUGAUAUUUUAGUGUUGGGACAGGUCAUCAAGGGCAAGAAACCAGAGCCUCCCAAGGAGUCGCAAAUAGCGCCUGGGCUCUGGGAGUUCAUACAGCGGUGCUGGUUGCCUCGUGCAAGUCGUCCAUCGGUUGGAGAAAUCGUAGCAUUUAUUGGAUGGGAACGACAAGCUCUGCUAAACAGAUCGACAGGGAUCUAG